ACACACAGACAUGUACACACACACAGACACAUGAACACACACACGCACAGAGACACAUGUACACACACACAGGCACGUACAUACACACACACACACAUGUACAAUUGUACAUGCAUACACAGACACACACACCACCCCCCCUCCCCAUAAAAAGUUGCAGUACUUCAUUGUUCACUCACAGAGCUGGGUACUGCACUCUAGGGGGAGGCAGAGAGCACAGCACACACUCUUUCCUUUGCUUUCACUGCGCUCAGCUAUUGAGCAGUCUGACGGCUCCCAGUGCGAAUGACAGAACCGGCCUGAGCUCCGAGCCUGCUCAGCAAGACGGCCCUGGGGGACACACUCGCCCCCACUAUAAUUUCCACUCGCCAUUGGCGAGCGAGAAAUUUCUAGCCUUG